AUGACACCCGCUCCAAAUGGGGAUGGCCAUGAGCCUCGUUUCUCUCUUCCGCCUACCACGCCACUCUCAAGCAAAACCGAAAUGGCCAUUGGUGGGCUUAGGAUCUAUGUAUAUGGAUUAGAGGAGGUCAAUGCGAGUCAGUCAAGUGAGCAGACCGGGGAGGUUGCAGUUUUGUAUAUGGCACACAAUCGAACCCGAACCUACCGGGUCAUGGAGGACAUGGCACAUGAAAUCCUUCAUCGGUAUCGGACAGACAAGCGACAGGGCGGGUCAGUUGGGCUGAUCGCCGUGACCAUGAAUAUGCGAAACCAUGGAGAUCGCGAGGUCGAUCCUCACGCAAACAAGACCUGGAAGAAUGGCAAUGAGAAUCAUGCUAUGGAUCUGGUAUCCAUGAUCUCUGGAUCCGCACAGGAUUUCAAACUGGUGCUGGAUUACCUUCCAACCUAUUUAACCCAAUUCACUCGAUUUUACAACGUCAUGUUCGGGGUUUCCCUCGGCGGACACACAGCGUGGCGCAUCGCCUCAUUGACCUCACCAGGCCAAUUCUACGCGUACUCCAUGGUCGUGGGCUGUCCGAGUUUAUCAACUCUUCUUCUAGGCCGUCUGGGUAUCGAUCCGACAAUAGGAAAUAGCCCGGGGGAGCCAUUCAAUUAUGAGAAACUUCGUCAGGCGAUGAACCCGCAGCAACAAAAACGAUGGCCUCGAGCUUUGGCAGAGAUGGUGGUUCGAGAUGAUCAUCAAGUCACAGAUGAAUUUCCCCAUGUGCCGCUGCUUUUGUGUAACGGGAAGUUUGACAAGUUGGUUCCAGCGAAGUACACAGCCGCUUGGGUGGAAGAACGACAGAGGCGAUCAGGUGGCAAGCAAGAUAUUACCUUUUUCGUACAGGAUAACACGGGACAUAGUUGCACCAAGGAGAUGGUGGCGAUGACGGCUGAGUGGUUGCGAGAUAUUCUCCCUUCUAGCUCUCCGCAGCCGGUCUCAUAA